CCUGUCUUGGAUAAAAAUUUCAAGACUGAUAAGUCAAAACAGAAUCUUGAAGCAAUACUACUAGUACCAUUUAUGUUCACUCCGACUAUGGAGAUUCCAAAAAAGAAUAGUCAAAAAAAGAAGGUCUCUCUUGAAUUAAAAAUAAAACAAGAAAAAAAUGAGAACAAAGAUGAUAUGCUCUCUAAUAAUUUGCCAGAUUCAGUUGGUACUUUUGAUACCUCUUCUACAUAA